CGGUUGGACGCCACUGCAUUUUGCGGUGAGAGGCAAGCAUGUCAAGGCCAUCAACUGGUUGCUAUACGCAGGGGCUGAUGUCAACCUCAAAAAUAAGGUAAGUCGCCAACAAUCAUCUUCUCAUUUUUUUUAAUAUUAUAAUUUGUCCUCCCAUUAAAGCGUUUUAUUUUCAGAUCGCAUUCCAACGACAAUUGGCAAAUUUUCAUUUAUUAUCAUUUUUUUUUCUUUUUUAUAAAGCACGAAUGUACAGAUCAUGUCUGUCAAAUAUAUUACGUGAAACGCGCCGAAUUUUGGCCACGCCACAAAAUACUUUUUAACGCUUUAAACCCGAAUUUUAAGACGUUUCCUUAAAAUCUGUAGGAAGAUAAAACUCCCAUAGAGAUUUGUGACGAGGACGAUCCCAUCAAAGAGAUGCUGGAAGCUCACCUCCACUCUCUCGACGACGGCCCGUAAGUAAAACUAACCAGCACAUAACAUGGACUAAAUCGGGACUAAUUUUUUUUUUAAAAACAAAAGAGCUGUACGAGUUUUACUUUAAGAAUUACCACACACACACACAAAAGCAAAUAGUAGACGUGAAAGAUGUGCAUACUUUAUCAGAGCAGUUUGGCGAAAAAAAAAAGUGUCAUUCGAUAUGGAGCGACGGCUAAGUAGAGGAAAGUGCCUUGUUGUUGGGGGUUCUCAAACAGUUUAACAAAGAACGCAAACUACUUUUGUUCAUGAAUGUUCUUGGCAGCACAUACUUCUACUAUAUGAGCGCAGCCAGGCUAUUUAGUUUAAACAAUAAGAAAUGUACGCAUCCUUAAUUUUGCAAUUUCAAAAUUGUCGGCUCUAAACUAGAAAUUUGAUUAAAACCCUACCUAAAAUUCUUGAAUAUAUUAAAAUAACCAAGUUCGUGUUUGGAUGAACUAUAAAUGGUUUUUAAAAAGAUAGAGACUUUUUAAUUGGUUACAGAAAAAAAAAAAAAAGAAUUUCGUCAAAUCUUUGGUGAGGUUGAUCUUUAUUUGCAUAAACCAACAUUAGUUAAUCGAAAAUUUUCAGCGGGCGUACAACAUUUAGAUCACACAAGUUUUAAUCUCCAACAGUCCCUCAAGUGUUCUCAUUCCGUCAUUAUAUCUCUUCAUGUAAUCCUUACAUCCUCUGUCUUGAUCAUUACAUCCUCUGUCUUGAGACUUACGGAAAGCGCACUUUCGCAUUUGCUGACCCUACAAUUUGGAACGCCCUUCCUGUCGCUCUCAGAAAUAACCAGACACUGGAGUCCUUUAAAACUGAUUUAAAGACCCAUCUAUUUCGCAAAAACCUUCUAGGAUGAUGUAGUCUACCAUAUUUUCCAGUUAAGGCACAUUGGCUGUGUUGCUUAUGGUUGAAAUGGCUAGAAAGACUUUGACUUGGUAUGCUUGUAAUUAGAUUUUGUAGUGUUGCGUUUGUUUUAAAUGUGGUAAAUUAUAGAUUUUUAAACAUGGGUGACUUUGUACCGCGCUUCGAGCCUUUGGGGAUGAAGCGUGUUUUUCAAAUAAACUUUAUUAUUAUUAUUAUUAUAAUUACAUACUCUGUCUUGAUCAUUACACCCUUUGUCUUGAUCAUUACAUCCUCUGUCUUGAUCAUUGCAUCCUCUGUCUUGAUCAUUACAUCCUAUCACUUGACCAUCACAUCUCUUCACUUGACCAUUACAUCUCUUCAUUUGAUCAUCACAUUCUCUCACUUGACCAUCACAUCUCUUCAUUUGACCAUCAAAACUCUUCAUUUGACCAUCCGAUAUUCUCACUUGACCACCACAUUUCUUCAUUUGACCAUCACAUCUCUUCAUUUGACCAUCACAUCUCUUCAUUUGACCAUAACAUUUCUUCAUUUGACCAUCACAUUUCUUCAUUUUACCAUCACAACUUUUCAUUUGACCACCACAUCUCCUUAAUUGACCAUCACAGCUCUUCAUUUGAUGAUCACAUCCUCUCACUUGAACACCACAUUUCUUCAUUUGACCACCACAUCUCUUCAUUUGACCAUUACAUCUCUUCAUUUGAUCAUCACAUCCUCUCACUUGACCAUCACAUCUCUUCAUUUGACCAUCAAAACUCUUCAUUUGACCAUCCGAUAUUCUCACUUGACCACCACAUUUCUUCAUUUGACCAUCACAUCUCUUCAUUUGACCAUUACAUCUCUUCAUUUGACCAUCAUAUAUCUUCAUUUGACCAUCACACCCUCUCACUUGACCAUCACGUCUCUUCACUUGACCAUCACAUCUCUCCAUGCCAUCUUCUCCCAAGCCUGGACCUGUGCAGCGCAUUCAUUGGUCGCAAGCAGUUGAACCAGAUCGGGCCGGACGGUCUGCUCAUGUUCGUGACGUCCAGCAUCUGGUCAGAGAAGAUGCAGUUCAUCUUCUGCAUCAGGAUCAGGCCGUAUCGGGCCCUGCCGCCCAUACCGUUACGCCAGGAUGAGCAGUUCUACAGUGAUGUCUGGCAUUACAGGUGGGCUUUAGAAGGCAUUUAAGGUGAACUGUAGAAUACGUUGAAUGGUGAGCUUUAUAAUACAUUAUAUUAUGUGAGCUGCAGAAUGCAUUACAAGUGAGCUUUAGAAUACAUUACAGAUUAACUUAAGAUUACAAUAUAUAGUAGCUUGAGAAUGCAUUUUAUGUUAGCUUAAGAAUAUAUUUUUAUUAGCUUUAAAAUACAUUUUAUUUAGCUUAUAAUACAUUAUAUAUUAGCUUUAGAAUGCAUUACAGGUGAGUUUUAGAGUAUAUUAUAGAUGAUUUUUUUAGAAGACAUUACAGGUGACCUUUGGAAUACAGUAAGAAGGUUGAUGUUCUAAUCGAUUUCUUUAAAGUUGCUUUCAAAACCAUACAUGAGAACCAAGAGUAAUGUCAUAAGCACAUUCUUAUGGACAACCUGUACAUUAUUUUAUUUUAUUUGAUGCCUAUUUAUUAUCUUACAAACAUUAUCUCCCUACUGGUCUGGCACGCCACGAAGAGACAAACCCCAUGUGACACCGCCGAGUCACCUCGGUGGUGCUGAACUUUGACCUAGAGGAUUUUGGUCGCUUCACUGUCAGAGCCAACCAAACACAUUAGAGCCUAUAUAAAAACUGAAUUUUUCGUUUGAUUGUCAGAUCAAACAAAACUCGUUGAGCCAAAAUAAAUAUAAAGAAUGUUCAUUGGUCGUCUGUGGUAUCGAUCACUAGUGACACAUCCAUGCAUAACUUUUCAUGAGAACAUCAGUUUUAUGAUAACACUUCAAAACCAUCUACAGGAUGAUGCGAAGGCUGAACAGGAAAGAGACGAGAGUUAAGGCCUACUUUCGAAUGUUCGAAGAACUGUAUAACACCGAGGUGGUUCUCAAGAUAACUUCGAAAACAAGAUUUUUGGGAGAGGUUCCCGUAACUCUUUCCAAGUACACUCAAUUUGUAAGUUAUUGCCCCUGUGUUACAUAAUUUCUUAAAUAUCAUUAUCAGAACACUUUUUUUUUUAAUGGAGAGAAAAGAAAUUGUAGGGGUCAACUAUUUGGUAGCUUCGACAUUCAAAAAGUUGUAGUAGCAGCAAAUCUCCUUUCAUUCAUGCUUCGAUAAUAUUUCUCCUCCAGAACUACACCAGCUACCUGGCUUGCGCAGAGCUGGACCUGAAAGACGAAGGUCAGUUCGUCAUGGUCAAACGCACGAGACCCGGCCUGCUGCUCAAAGAUGACGAUGGGGUCUACUCCCACAAGCGCUUUCCCAACUUCAAGUUUAACCUGCCAGACGUGAGUAAUCCUGUAGCUGGAGAUUUUUGCCGUUAGAGGUUUAAUAGCUUUACUCGAAAAUGCACACUCACUGCAAUGAAAACUAAUUAGCACUAGACGCCGAACAAUGGCGGACGCAGUGCGUGGACUUCCCAUCAACUAACUUCACUUGACAAAACAUGCAGUGAAGUAACCUUUAUAAGAUUCCCAGUCAGUGCUACCCACGUCGGUACGCCACCGCCCCUUGAACUUUAUUAAAAUUAUAAUUUCCCACCCCUUUAAUACCGCAGAUUUAUAUCACGAUAUUAAAAUUGAGACUGUUUCGGUAAAACACAUGAAAAUGUUACGCACCAAACGCACUUGUCAUAUUUUAAUAAUCUCAUUUAGUGCAGUUAGCGGGAAUUUUAUUUAGUGAAAUCGGUGGCAUCUGGUAGGUUUUGUGUUAUGGCUACAUAGAGCAUUGUUUAUUUUGAUAAUUACUUUGUUUUUUUUUAAUAAUUUUUUUAUUUAUUUAUUUAUUAUUUUUGAAAAAUUAUAUUUUAUAGUAUAUUACUUGAAAAAUAUUUUAAAAGAUUAUAUACAUUUUUUAAAAGAAAUUAUGUGAAAAAUAUUUAAUGUCUCUGUGUAUACCUUUUUUUUGGCAUAGUCGUCUGUUUUGUGAGACGAUGGUCCCAUAGCUUCUGUUGUUUGUUUUUUACACACAUUUUCGUUACUUACAUGUCACUGACCUCUAUGUAGCGCAGUAAAAGAAUUAUGUCAACAUUUAAUGGAAAUAAUUGAAAAAUAAUUGAAAAAUAAUUGAAAACAAUCUUUUUAUGUUGAAGGAAACGCACACGAAAAACAAAUAUUCCAUUUUUUUUUCAAAACAAAGUUUGAAAAUACAUUUAAUUACAUUUUAAUACAUUUAAAAACGUCCUUUCCUUAACUAAUUAAAAUAAAAUCUUCUAUUAACCCCCACCCACCCGAAAGAAUGUGUGGUGUACGGCUAUUGUAGUUAGAUGUGUUUGGACUUCAUAACUGAUUGUUUUUUUGCCUGGUCUUUUAUACCACAAGGGGUCGUUGCCUGAAGUACCGAAUACGUGGGACGCAACAAGACGGGACAGAGCUGAACAGGAGGCGAAAGAAAUGAUGUUUAAGAUCAUGCCUAUGCCAGAAAGUGAGGCAACAGUUUGAAUCGAUUCUUCUUUUUAUAACACAUUUUGCAGUUAUUGUUUUUUUUAAAAUCUUCAUUAUAGGUAAAAAAAAAAAUUAUAAUAAUAAUGCAUCAUAAAGUCCAAGCCCCCCCCUCCCCCCAAUUGUGUGCUACAUGGUCCUAUCUUCGGGCGCUCUCAAUCCUUACUGGGUGGUCCAGGCAUGAGCGUUGAUGUAAUCCUCCACAUAAAUUUCUGGUCUUUCCGCAAAUCCUUCCAGACUUUGUCGGGCAUUUUACCCAUAGAGGCUGAGAAGAGUUUGAGGACGGAUGAGGACUUUUGGGACAAGGCACUUGAAAUGAUAGACUUUUUCCGGUGUAGGUCUUACCCGGAGACAGUACUUUCAUCAGCCCUCCAAAGGGUUAAGAAUAUUACACGCGCUGAUGCCUUCAGACCACGUCUGAGCGACAAUGUUGACAGGACUAAACUCAUUUUAACUUAUCACCCUCACAAUCUGAUUGCUAAACGUGUUUUCCUUAAACAUCGAUCUAUACUACUCGCAGACACCGACACACGAGAAAUUUUCUCUUCCCCACCUCUCAUUGUUUUCAGACGGGAUAAAAAUCUGAGAGACCUGCUUGUACGCAGUCGUAUCAAUGCUCCCCCCUCCCACUUUGGGACCAAGCCGUGUGGACGCAGUCGUUGCAACACGUGCCCUUUUGUCGUCCAGACUGAACGCAUACGUUUCCCCAAGGGCAGUUUUCAGAUACGCGACGGUUUCCUCUGUACAAGCCGCAACGUUAUCUACGCCAUUGUCUGCACCCGCUGUCAGAUGACAUACAUAGGGGAGACUGGACGCCGUCUCUCGGACAGGUGUACCGAACACCUCCGAAACAUUACACAAGAUAAACAGUGUCCCGUCUCCAAACACUUCAAUAGUAGCGACCACCGGGGCAAGGCGGACUUUUCAAUAAGUGCGAUUGUGGCUAGCACUAACACCGCCAGCCGGGUCAAUUUGGAACACAGACUUAUCCUGACUUACGGCACUUUGACGCCAGAUGGGAUUAAUGUUAUGUCUCUGUUCACAGCUUGACCCUAGCUCCGCCCCUCCACGUUCUGACCUAUCACAGUGAACUUUUUUCUCCCCCCUUUUUUUCGCCGCUGCUUAUUUAAACUCUCACUCAUUUUCCUUCUGCCACACUUCUAUUGCUGCCCACAGAUACUACUUACCAGCUAAGUGCUAUUUCUUAUUUUUAUAACGUUUUUUCUGUUGUUUUGUUCGCUGACGAAGGCUUUCUGCCGACACGUUCGCUGUUUUGUUACGUUUAAUUUUUCAGGUUUAACCAUACUCUGUUUUACUCAUUUUAUUUUAUACCUCAUUGCCGGAUGACUCAGGACACCCAGCAGAAACUGUCCAAUAGGUCAAGCAAACGUGUUGGCCCCUGUUGUGGGGCCGUCCGGUUCAGGGGCCGUCCCUGCCAACUCCACUAAAUACCAUGAUUGGCACCGCAUCGCGUUCUUCAAACGUUGCAUUAACUGCUCUGUGGCCUUCUUAUUAGUCAACUAUUUCUGAAAUAUUGUAAGCACGAAGACAAUGGAAGCAAAUGCUGUAUCAGAUAUCAAGGUCCACACCUUUUGCAUCUGCUAUCUGCAAUAGUCUCUGAGGAAGGCUCCAAGCCCGAAAUGGUGUCCAGGAUUUCCCAGACCCCAACAGCAGUAAAGAGGCUCAGGAAAAUAUAGAACGACAUAAAAUAUAGCCCCCCCAGCACCAAAAUCAAGCUGAUGCGCUCGGUAGUCCUCUUCAUUUACUUGUAUGCCUGUGAGUCCUGGACAUUAACAGCUGAACUUGAAAGGAAAAUAAAGGCGAUGAGAUGUUAAAGAAGCAUUCUUGGCAUCUGGUAUAGGGACCAUGAUCAAGUGAAAGAAAGGAUUCGUCGGGCAAUUAGGCAGUACGAUGACUUCCUGGUGACUGUAAAAAAGCGCAAACUACAAUAGUAUGGCCACGUGACAAGGCAACAAGGGCUCUCCAAAUAAAUCAUGCAGGGCACAGCGAGAGGAGGGAGAAGAAGAGGAAGACAGAGAACAAAAGAUGGGAAGAUAAAAUCAAAGAGUGUACGAGACUCAAACUAGGCGAUGCUGUGCGUAGUGCAGAAGACAGAGACAAAUGGAGGAGGAUAGUUCACAUGUCCUCUUGUGACGCCCCAACGGUCCAAUGACUAAGGGACAUGAUGAUGAUGAUGAUCUGCAUAAUAUCCCUCCCUCGAUUCUUCAAAGCAAUUUUUACAGCACUGUAAGUGCCUGCGUUUUGUGUAAUUGGAUUUAUAUGGAAGUCUGAAUUAGAAAACAACCGAAUGUGAUUUUAUGAUUUAGGCUGAACUCGAAAUCAAACCGAACGUUAAAAUGACUCUUUGCUGAAACCGAAGCCGAAACCAAAAGCUUCACGAGACUUUUGACAGGAACAGUAAGAUUUAAACAUUUUGAAACUCGUUCGCGCAUAAAUUCGGCGUACGUCGAAAGAAUGAUGGGGAAAGUAUCAAUAUGUGUAGAUACUUUUAAUUUUUUAAUAAAGGUGAUUUUUAAUAGAUGAACAUCUAAUGAAUAUUUUGCCUUUUACCAUUUUAAUUAAAAAGUAAUUAAAAAGUUGUUCAAAUGUAUUUUAAAGUAGUAUGGUAAGAAAAAAUUGUGACCGUGAAAAGGGGGGGGGGGCCAAAUUCGUACGGAUAGAGAACCCUUAGCUUUUAUAAUAUAAGUAGAGAGCUACCUAGACAGAUUUGCUAUCGGUCGUAUGUUUAGCCUAUGCAUUAUUUAUUGAUAUGGCCAUGUAAAAGUUCUAUAAACAACCCACGAAGGAACUCCUUAUUCCGCUACACCAUACAAUUUCGUUAAAGCAAACAUUCUUUAUUAGUCGACAUUUAACAUGUUCGUUUGUCUGCAAGAAUCAUUUAUGGGCUAAUUUUUUAGAUUUGAACCCGAUGAAACAAAAGUUUCACGAAGGCUUUGUUCAUUAUUUUAAUACGGCAGACCCACUACAUAAUUAUUAUACAAGAGAGUUAUAAAUGUGAACAUUAGGUACAUUGUGUUGUAAUCGGUAACGAGUCUACGUGGCAAACUUCAGCUCGAUAGUUUUACGGGAAGUGGGUCAAUUAGCCGUCCGAGGAUUUUUGCCCUCAACACACAAAAAACAAAAAGCGAGGUUAAUAUAAAGGAUUACGCAAAUUUUUUUGCCAGGGAUCUAAUUUAGAUGUGUUAUUUUUCACCUAAAAAUGAGUCGUGGGAAGCCUGCUCAUUUUCAGUAUUAGCAGCUGGUGUGGGAAUUCAUCUUCUGCUAUCAAACACCGAAUAAACAGAAGAAUCAAGAAAGAUAGGAACCAAGACACAAACUAAACAUUCUUUACUGGAAGAACUAUUUGGAGAAAGAUGUUUUUGUAAAACUAAACAAAUUAUGGAUGAUACAUCCCACCCUUUUCACCAGAUACUUAGGAUCGGUCCUUUCGGGACGAAUUCUUUCUGUCACGGCGAUGACUGAGAGAUAUAAAAAAAAAUUCCGUUGUUCCCCAAUCUGUACAAAUUGACCAGCGCGCUUACCAAGAAGUCACAAAUCUAAAUGAGAACUUAAAAGUCCCUGUUAUGACUAAGCGAAUUCACUGAAUAGCAAUGUUUUGUUUUUUUCCCAAUAGUAAAAUAACUUAACGUAGAUGUCUUGUCUUUAAAUUGUUUUAAUUGGAAAAUUUUUGAACUUUAUUAUGUGCUGAAAAAUGUAUAUGUGCAAUGCAAUCAAUAAAAACACAUUUCGAUUUGUUUGGCUCAAUAAAAGAAUAUAAUAAUAUCUUUAAUGAAUGUGGGAGUAUAAAUUAAAAACAAUAGUUUGAUGAACACUGUCUCCAACCUUCCCCCCCCCCACCAGAGAAAGAGAGUGAGAAGCAAGUCGUCUGGGUGGACGAGAACACCAAUGCUGACGUUUGUUUGGCUUAAUAAAAAAAUAUAAUAAUAUCUUUAAUGAAUGUGGGAGUAUAAAAUAAAAACAAUAGUUUGAUGAACACUGUCCCCAACCUUCCCCCCCCCCCCCACAGAGAAAGAGAGUGAGAAGCAAGUCGUCUGGGUGGACGAGAACACCAAUGCUGACGUAGCUGAGAGCGAACACAAUGACCCCGAUAAGGCGUUGUCAGGUAUUUUUGUCAGAUAGUUUUGUCAUGUAAAUUUGUCAGCUUCAAUUGUCGUUUAAAUGUGUCAGGUGUACAGGGUGGGCCAAUAAAAGUGAGAACAUCUCGUAGCGUAAUGUUUUACAGAGAUGUUCUCACUUUUAUUGGCCCACCCAGUAUUUUGUCAGUUAUAUUUGUCAGUUAUUUUUGUCAGGUAAAUUUUAGCAGGUAUAUGUGUCAGGUUUAUUUGUCAAGUAUAUUUUUCAGGUGUCCAUUACAUGUCUCAGUUAUAUUUGCCAGUAAUAUUGGUCAUGUAUAUUUGUCAAGUAUAUUUUUGCAGGUAUAGCUGUCAGGUGUCCAUUAUAUAUGUCAGUUAUAUUUGCCAGUUAUUUUAUUCGGGUAUAUUUUUCAGGUAUAUUUUUCAGGUAUAUUUUUCAGGUAUAUUUGUCGAGUAUAUUUGUCGGUAUAGUUGUCAGGAAUACUUGUCAGGUAUAUUUUUUGCAGGUAUUUUUGUUAGGUUCCAUUAUAUGUGUCAGUUAUAUUUGCCAGCUAUAUUAGUCAGGUAUAUCUGUCAGGUAUAUUAGUCUGGUAUACGUCAGGUAUUUUUGUCGGGUAUGUGUGUCAAGUAUAUUUGUCAAAUAUACUUAUAGUUUCAAUUUAAAUUCAUCGAGUGGUCAGAGAAGCUUGCGCCGCCCAUGAUUGCUCUGGCGUGUUUGAUUUACGGCUUGCCAAAAUAAUGAGGAUCUUUUAUCACCAAAAAAUACUUAUUAUUAUCAUUAUAAAUGGGUAAUCGGAAAGUAAAAAAGUCCAGCUUUUCUUGAACGUUAUCCUCAAAGCCUUUUUUUUUUAACGUCAGUCAUGAUCCUCGGCGUAACAUUCAGAACCAGGAAAUAAAGACAAGUUGUUGGCGCCAUCCCACUCGGCAGAGUGUAUGGCCCAGCGGUCAAUUCAUGGGUCUGGCCACCAGGUCAAAAUGCCCGUCAACCAACCUGCAGGCUUACAAUGCCGGACGGACCGGUUUCAGGGUCAGAGCAACGAAUGACUGUGUUGUGGACAAUGAAAAUGUCGGACAAUGUAAAUGUCGCACAAUGUAAAUGUCGCACAAUGUAAUGUCGGACAAUGUAAAUGUCGGACAAUGUAAAUGUCGCACAAUGUAAAUGUCGCACAAUGUACAUGUUGGACAAUGUAAAUGUCGGACAAUGUAAAUGUCGCACAAUGUAAAUGUCGCACAAUGUACAUGUCGGACAAUGUAAAUGUCGGACAAUGUAAAUGUCGGACAAUGUAAAUGUCGCACAAUGUAAAUGUCGCACAAUGUACAUGUUGGACAAUGUAAAUGUCGCACUAUGUAAAUGUCGCACUAUGUAAAUCUCGCACAAUGUAAAUCUCGCACAAUGUACAUGUCCGACAAUGUAAAUGUCGGACAAUGUAAAUGUCGCACAAUGUAAAUGUCGGACAAUGUAAAUGUCGGACAAUGUAAAUGUCGGACAAUGUAAAUCUCGCACAAUGUACAUGUUGGACAAUGUAAAUGUCGGACAAUGUAAAUGUCGCACAAUGUAAAUGUCGCGCAAAGUAAAUGCCGGACAAUGUAAAUGCCGGACAAUGUAAAUGUCAGACAAUGUAAAUGUCGCACAAUGUAAAUAUCGGACAAUGCAAACGUCGGACAAUGUAAAUGUCGGACAAUGUAAAUGUCGGACAAUGUAAAUGUCGGACAAUGUAAAUGUCGGACAAUGUAAAUGUCGGACAAUGUAAGUGUCGGACAAUGUAAAUGUCGGACAAUGUAAAUGUCUGGCAAUGUAAAUGUCGGACAAUGUAAAUGUCGGACAAUGUAAAUGUCGCACAAUGUAAAUGUCACACAAUGUACAUGUCGGAAAAUGUAAAUGUCGGACAUGUAAAUGUCGGACAAUGUAAAUGUCGGACAAUGUAAAUGUCGGACAAUGUAAAUGUCUGGCAAUGUAAAUGUCGGGCAAUGUAAAUGUUGUAAAUGUCGGGCAAUGUAAAUGUCGGACAAUGUAAAUGUCGGGCAAUGUAAAUGUCGGGCAAUGUAAAUGUCGGGCAAUGUAAAUGUCGGGCAAUGUAAAUGUCGGACAAUGUAAAUGUCGGACAAUGUAAAUGUCGGACAAUGUAAAUGUCGGACAAUGUAAAUGUCACACAAUGUAAAUGUCGGACAAUUUAAAUGUCCACAAGACCCUACGACGCCUCCCCCGGAAUAAGCGUCAAGAGAAGAAGAAGGUAUGUGACGUCAUGGCAACGAUGACCCCCCAAAGGUUUGGUCUAUCUCGUCCAUUACUUUUGUUGUUGUUGUUGUUUUAAACUGUCCGUCAACGAAACGUUGCAGGUGAAGCUGAGAGCGUGGAGGAGGGUGAGGGGCAAGAAGGAGAGGAAGAUGAGGAAGAAGGCUCGAUCCCAGAAGAGGACUGGCCAGGAGGGAUGCGACCCGGCACCAUGCUGGAAGGAGACGAGCCUGAUGACUGUACGGACUUCUACUUCAUCAGCAGAGGAUGGGGGCUUUAUUUGGAGGUGAGAUAUCAGCAGCGGGAUUUGGGGGGGGGGGGCUGUAUUAGGAAGUAACCCAUCAGCAAGGGGGACUGGGGGCCGUAUUGGGGGUAAAACAUCAGCAUGAGGAGGAGAGGGGCUGUAUACAGAGGUAAGACUCCAGGGGAUCGGGGACUGUAUACAGAGGCAAGACGGGAGGGGAUCGGGGGCUGUAUACAGAGGUAAGACUGUAGGGGAUCGGGGGCUGUAUACAGAGGUAAGGUUGUAGGGGAUCGGGGGCUGUAUACAGAGGUAAGACUUAAGGAAUUUGGGGCUGUAUAUAGAGGUAAGACUGCAGGGGAUUGGGGGCUGUAUACAGAGGUAAGACUGUACGGGAUUGGGGCUGUAUACAGAGGUAAGACAGCAGGGGAUCGGGGAAUGUAUUAGGAAACAAGCCAUCAGCAGGGGAGUUGGGCUGUAUUUGGAGGUGAGACAUGAGCAGGGGAUUGGGGCAUUCUUUGGUGACUUUCUGUUUUAGACGUGGGAAAAUUCUGGUUCAGGUAGAUGUGGGUUUUAGGAGACAACGUUGGACAAAUUCAUUACAAUUUGUGUAGCGUCUUCUUUGCUUUCUCAACUGCCAAUUUGAGUAUUCUUUAAUUAAAGGAACUUAACGGUACCAGUUAUCUCUUAUUUUUAUAGAAGAACAAAAAUUUAAAGGAACGAACUAUUACAUGAAAAGUUGAUUGAAGAAUCAGUCUCUAUAGGACUGCCAUCAGAAUUUAUUGAACUAGGACACAGGCGUUAAAUGUAUGGGGGGCGGGGAGGGGGGGGGGUUCUGUCCAAAAAUUAUUUUAAUAAGAAACUAAGAUACUUUAGGUUGAGCGGCUUAAUUUUUUUUUUUAAAACAUCUAUUUACUUUCUUUUAACACUCGCUCAGGGCCUCCCUGUUUGUCCUCUGAGCAAACUGAUGGACCCGGCCAGCUAUGAGAAGAACCUGAUCCUCUGUUCCACUCCAUUCUAUCGCAUCUACCACACUUCGAAUAAGCACCCUACCGCCAUGUGCACUGUACAAAUUCCAAAGACGCAGGACUUUGUCCGGCAUGGGACUGUCCUUGUAUUUAUGAGGUAG